UAAUGGGCAUAGCCUUUUGUGUUUGUCCAACGAAAUAAAACCCUAAUUUCCCUCUCUUCAUCUCUCUUUCUCUCUCUUCAAUUUUGGUACUUGGUGCGGUGUUCUCUCUCUUCUCUGUUUCUCUCGAAGCUUUCAGUAAAAUGUCGACGGCGGGUGAUGGGACGGCGGCGUCAGCGUCAGCGUCGGCGGGAGCAUAUGAAGGAGGAGGAGCCGGAGGGAAGUUUAGGAAGAGACCGUUACGACGGAACCAGACGACUCCGUAUGAUCGUCCACCGACGGCCCUCCGAAACCCUAGUUGGCUCACAAAGCUUGUGGUUGAUCCGGCGUCAAAGCUCAUAACUUCCGGUGCUCACCGCUUCUUUUCCUCCAUAUUCAGUAAACGCCUUCCACCUCCUCCUCCUCCCACGCCAUUACCUCCACCUCCACCUCCAGGACCAAGCCAGGAGUCACAGAAUCUGCCUCCGGAGUCAUGUCCCAAUGAGUAUGCUGGAGCACUGGUGGUGGCAGGACAAGGAGGUGAUAAUGAUGCAUGCAGCUCUGGGGAUGGCGCAUUCUCAGUGCUUGAGCAGCUCUUGAAGCAGAAGACAUUUACAAGAACGGAGAUUGAUCACUUGACAGAACUUUUGCACUCGAAAGCUGUUGACAUCCCUAUGGGAGAAGAGGAGAAAAGAGGCGUGGCCAUCCAAUCUAGACCUGCAUUGGAUUCUUCCAGCAGCUUGCUGGAAGUAAAUAGGUCUCUGAAGGUUACACCCGGUGGAUAUGUCACAACUCCUGUCAUGAAUUCCAGGAUUCUUGAAGAUGAUAUUGCAUCUCCUGCAGAGCUUGCAAAAGCCUACAUGGGGAGUAGGCCAUCAAAGGUGUCUCCGUCAAUGCUGAGCACACGAAGUCAAGUUGUGAGAGAAGAUACACCACUGCUAACAAAUGUACAAUAUCUCCAAAGAUCACCCAUUCCAUCAGUGACGACCAGGACUGCUGGUUUUCUCGGGAUUCGAGAAAAUGGGUUUACCACUCCAAGAUCUCAUGGCAGAUCUGCUAUAUACAGCAUGGCUCGUACGCCAUACUCUAGAGUUCGUCAAACUGAUGUUCAGAAGGCUACCAGCUCAGGAAAUUAUGUCUACGGUGGGUCUUCAUCAUCUAAGCCAGUGUCCGAGCACGAUGUACUUUUUGGUUCUAAGCAGGCCCUCAAACGAAGGAGUUAUGUCCUGGAUGAUGAGCUUGGAUCUGUUGGUCCCAUGCGUAGGAUUAGGCAGAAACCUAAUGCCCUAUCUUUUGGAACUUCACGUGCCAGUGCAAGGGUUGCUUCUGCAGUUAACCUGCAUCCAGAGGUAUCAAAAGUUGUUGGAGAUGUCGAAAAUGCCAAAAUCACGCCUGCAAGGCAUGUAGCCAUCCCUCCUAAGUCCAGUGAGACUGCUGCAAAGAUAUUGGAGCAACUUGAAAAGAUAACUCCAAAGGGAAAAUCAUCAGAAUCCAAACUAGCUGCAGGGAAAGAGAAUAAAUUGACACAGAACAUGCUUCACGGACGAGCUCUUAGAAGUUUGGAGGAUUUGGAUUCACCCAAACUGCUGCAGAGCGCACAGGAUAGCUAUAAGUUGGAGAAUUGGUCUAAAAUUCUCUCUCCCAAUCCCAGAGAAUCAAAGCAAAGUGAAAUUAAACAAAAUGGACAUUCGAGCGAGUCAACUGCUAUAGCAAACAAGGAUACAAUCUUUUCAUUCAAAGAUACUCAACCUAAUUCUGAAACCAAUUCUCUGGAAAAGAAUAAGUCCGCAGUUCAACAUCCUUACAAGAAACGAGCUUUUAAGAUGAGUGCAUAUGAGGAUUCUUUUGAGCUAGAAGAGGACAAAAACUCUAAUGGGCCUUCAGCUCAGUUAGCUGACGGGAGAGGGAAGCUGGAACUUUCUGCUUCUGACCAGAAGCCCCUAUAUGCUGAACCCACAAGCAAACCUACUGAUUUGCUGGAAGCAAAGACCCCUCCAGGGGUUUUAGGCAAAAAAUCUGAUAUGGAGACUCCUGAUACUGGCACAUCCGCUGUCAAGAACACCAUAUUCCUGUCUAGUGCAGGUUCCCAAUCACUGAACUCUAACCUACUAGCAACUGCGUCUAACGAAUCAAAGGAGACAAAUGUUGACAAGGUUCCACCAUUCCUAUUUUCACCGUCAACCCCCGUCACAGGGUCAAAGCCAGUAAGCAGCCUGUCCAGUCUAGCGUCCAGCCCAACUGAUGGUCGUCCUAAUCCUUUUCAGUGGAAAAGCUCACAGAAGGCUGUGGACAGCAAUGGCAAAUUAGAAGCAGUAUCAACAAGUGGUAUUUUUUCAUUUGGUGCUCCAUCUAGCACUUCAAGUAAUGGACUGUUUGCUACCAGUCCUGUAUUCUCAGCCACCUCUGCCUUGACAUCGGGUAAUUUUACAAAUGAAGUUUCGACUAGCAGCUCAAAUAAUGUUGUCCCUUUGACAAGCGUUUCGAGCAUGAUUGGUGCCACAGCAGGUAGCUGUAAUGCCUCUGCUGGCAGUCUCUUUGGUUCCAGUGCAGCAUUAUUAGUUUCAAAGGAACCUCCUACCAAAUUUGGUUUCCCCACGAUUCCGUCAAAAGCAGUUUCAGCGCCAGCAACAACUUCCACUGCAGAAACUACAGAUGUGAAAGCCAAAUCUGAGACUGGACCUACUUUAGGCAACUUGAAGAGUUCACCUUUUGGGGGUGCAUCUUUUGCAGCUACAGGCUCAGGAAAUAGUAUUUUUGGUUUUAGUUCAUCAGUAAUGGCCACAGCUACUACAGGUACUACACAGUCUCAGGGUUCUGUUUCUAGUACAGGAGGUGAAUCACUUGUUAGUGCACAGACUUCUGUUGGUGGAUCUGGCAUUUCUGCUUUCUCAGGGAGCAUGCCUGCUCCUUUCAGUUCAUCAGCUUCAUUGCCAUCCACAGGAGUGUUUGGGUCUGUGCCUGGUACUAUUGGCCAAGUUUCUGCUUCUCCUUCAAAAAGUGACAUAGUUGGCUCCAGCAAUGCUGCUUCCGGAAUAUUUACUUUUGGUGCUAGUUCAUCAGCUUCCAGUGCAGCAGGCAGUUCAAGUGGACCUACAAAUGGAACUGCCACAUUUACUUUUGGUGCCAGUUCUGCAGCUCCUCCUUCAAAAACCAGUGGACCUUCUAUCUCCAGCAGCGCUACUCCUGGGAUAUUCACCUUUAGUGGUAGUUCUUCAGCUUCCUCAACAAAUGCUGUUACCAUCUCCAGCAGCACUACCCCCAGUAUAUUUAAUUUUGGUGGUAAUUCUUCAUCUUCCUCUACGAGUGCAGUCAAUACUUCAGCUACUCCUGGCAUAUUUAAUGUUGGUGGUAGCUCUUCGACUUCCCCUGCAAAUGCCGGAAACACCUCCACUAUUGCUACACCUGGCAUCUUCAGUUUUGGUGCUAGUUCUUCAGCUUCUUUGACAAAUGCCGGUAGCAUAGUUAAUCCUAGUCCAUUCAACUUUGGUGCUAAUUCGGCCACUUCUCAAGCCUCUAGCACUGCUGGAACUUUUGGAUCUAGUUGGCAGCUCCCCAAGUCUACUGGCUUUACUUCCUCAUUUAGUUCUUCUACCCCCUCUGGGUUUACAUUUGGAGCAUCUUCAUCUUCUUUUGCUACUCCAAGCACGUCACCGGUAGUCUUUGGAUCAACACCCAGCGCGGCAAGCGGUUCUCCUUUUUCAUUUGGUGCAACUUCCUCCACAAAUUCACCUUCACAGCCCAUGUUUGGUAAUUCUGUGUUUGUUGCAUCCCCUGGAAACAAUGAUAACAUGGAAGACAGCAUGGCCGAGGAUCUUGUGCAGGCUCCUGCACCAGCAGUUUCUUUUGGGCAACCUUCUGUCUCGCCUUCUCCAGGUGGCUUUGCAUUUGGUUCAGCACCAAAUCCCUUCCAGUUUGGCGGCCAGCAGAGUCAGGCUGCUCCCCAGAAUCCAUCUCCAUUUGCAGCAUCGAGCAGUCUAGUCCAGGCAGCACCUCAGAAUUCUUCUCCAUUUGCAGCAUCAAACAGUCUAGAAUUUGGCGGUGGAGGGAGCUUCUCGUUGGGUAGCAGUGGUCCUGACAAAUCAGGUCGGAAGAUUGUGAAAAUUAAUAGAAGCAAACACAAAAGGAAAUGAGAAAACUAAGCAAAGAUCUUCGAUUUGUUGAUAGAUAUCGAGUGGCAAGAGAACGACUAGCACAGCGAUCAAAGGUCACAAUUUUGUUUACAGUUUUUACAAGACAUGAAUGAUUGUAUUGUAUUUGUAGGGGAGAUGAAGGGUGUAGUUCACCAUAUUGUUUAGUCAACUUUGCUUUCUGUACUACUUCUACAUGUAUAAUA